GUUUGCCCAGCCAGCGCUUCCCUGCUGCAGGAGAAGAGCAUCUCUGGAAGAUGGAAGCAGAGCAGCGGCCGUCCUCCAUCGGGUCUCUGCUCAUCCACACUCUCCCUCAAAGCCGCCAAAAAUACCUUUGCUACACCCGGCCUGGUCAUGAGAAAUUCAACUUGUGUGUUACGAAUGUUGUGGAUGUUUGGACCACAGGUUUCAGUCCACAAAAACUAGAGGAACAUAAAUCCACGCAUGGCGUGAAAAGCUGCGAAGAAUACAACUCCAGGACCAGGGAUGCGUUUGAGAAGGGCGCUAUCAGCCUCACGGUUCUUGACAACAUCGCCAUACUGAAGCUGAGCCAAGAUGACCAGGGGCUAACCUUUGACCUCUACAAGCUGUCCCUUUCUGAGGCUAAGGCAGAGAUCCAGUCAGUCAUGUUUCACCUGGUGGAUCAAGUACAUCAUUUACAAGACCAACUCAAAGCCUCAGAGGAAAGUAACAUUUUAAAACUUGAUAAGACAAUGGAGAGGACACAGAGGAUGUUUCUAGCAGAGUAUGAUUCCAAGAGGAAGGGAAAUGGACCUGAAUCUUCACCAGUCUCCAAGAAGAGGCUCGCAGGAGAGUCCCUGAUAAAUCCAGGCAGCAAGAGAACAAAGGCUCCCACUGGAGUGAGUUUUGAAGACAACAGCCUCAAUGACAGCGAUGAGUGAAGCAUCUGGUCGAGUUCAACAUGGAUUAACUAGAAAUAUUUACAGGGGAAGUGUGAUUUUUACCAUAAUUUAUUUCUUUUAGGCAAUGAUAGAUGUGAACUUUUUAAAAGGAAAUGCUAUCUCUGUUUGUUUAACAAACAACAAUAAUAUGAAGUAUUUAUAUGGCUUUUUAAAGUAAAAGGAACAUUGUUCCAUUGUGUGUAGUGCACUCUGCAUUUGGUAUGGUUUACACAAGCUCUCUAAGGCAGAAGUGGGUACUGCAGAUGUUGGAGAUUAGAGUCAAUAUUAGAGUGGUGCUGGAAAAGUGCAGCAGAUCAGAUAGCAUCCGAGAAGCAGGAGAAUUGACGUUUCAGGCAAAAGCCCUUCAUCAGGAAUCCUGAUGAAGGGCUUUGCCCGAAACAUUGAUUUUCCUGCACAAAGGGCUCUAAGUUUAGUGACAGUAUAAAAUGGACAAAACAAGAUUUUCCAUUUUCCGUUAUGGAAACAACAUCCACAAUUCAUCGACUGCAGUACAGAGAGAAAGGUUUGCGUUCCCUUUUGCUUCUUUCACUAUUUUCACUGGGGUGUAAGAGGUUGAGGGGGUGGUCUUAUAGAAGUUUAUCUGUGCCAUUCAUGAUUUCAUAAUGUCAGUAACAAAGAUCUUUUCCCUAGGGAGGGGGAGUUCAAAACUAGGUGGCAUAUUUUUAAGGUGAGAGGGGAAAGAUUUUAAAACACAUGAGGGGGAAAUACUUUUUUUUAAACAUGUCGAGUAGUUUGUUUGUGGAAUAAACUUCCAGAGGAAGUUAUGAUGUCAAAAGACAUUUGGGUAAGUACAUGAAUAGGAAAUGUUUGGAGGGAUUUGGCUAAGUGCAGGCAGGUGGGACUAGUUUAGUUUGGGAUUAUGGUUGGCAUGGACUGGUUGGACCAAAGGGUCUAUUUCCAUGCUGUAUGACUAUUACUUUCAUAACCUUAGGAUAUCCUGAAGAGCUGAAAGUGUGUAUUUUAAGCUUGGCUGGCCCUCAGGAUCAAGAUUAGAGUGGUGCUGGAAAAGCACAGUAGGUCAGGCAGCAUCUGAGGAGCGGGAAAAUUGACGUUUCGGGCAGGGGCCCUU